CUCUCACUUAGCUAGCCAAGUUUAAUGUUAUCACUUUCUGCGCCGUGUCAUUAAUAUGGGACAGCUGUCAAACGACACGGUAAGAUACAGCAAACAGCAUGAUCCAUUGCAGUGGAAAACAAAUAGGAUAAUGGCGUGCUGAGAAACAGAAAGAAAAGAGUUGAAAACACCCCAACACCUCAGGUUUGACCUCAAGUGGGUGCAAUUUAUAUCACCAUGUUGGUGACAGCGUAUCUUGCCAUCAUUUUCCUGCUUGCCCUGUGUGUUGCCCUUGAGCUCACAGCACGCCGCCUCACCCCACCUCAGUCUACUCCUACUGCUGUAGCCAACCCAGCCUUCCGUCGCUUCCAGAGUAUAUUCCUCCGGGCAUACCUUUUGGCUUUGUGGGCAGACUGGCUCCAGGGUCCUUACCUCUACAAACUUUACCGUCACUACAGCUUCCUGGAAUCCCAAAUAGCCAUCUUAUAUGUGUGUGGCCUGGCUUCCUGUGUUUUGUUUGCUCCCUUUUCAGCCUGGCUCCCUCAGGCCUUGGGCCGCAGACAGACAUGUCUUCUCUUCUGCCUGUCCUACUCGGCUUGUUGUCUCACAAAGCUGUCCAGAGACUACUUUGUUUUGAUUGUGGGCCGUGUCCUGGGGGGUCUGUCCACAUCCCUACUCACCACCUCAUUUGAAGCUUGGUACGUGCACCGACAUGUAGACGUCCAUGAUUUUCCCAAGGAGUGGAUUCCCAGCACCUUCACCAAAGCUGCUACCUGGAACCAUGGGCUCGCUGUUGGAGCAGGGCUGGUGGCUAACUUGCUGGCUGAGUGGCUCCACCUUGGGCCAGUGGCUCCCUUUCUCCUGGCUGUCCCCUGCCUGGUGUGUUGUGGCUGGCUGGUGCUAACAGACUGGGGUAAGGAAGAGGCGGAAGGAGGUUCUGAAGGUGACAAACAGACACUUCUUCUUGGCACUCCAAACGGAGGUGUGACCCGUUUGUCUGCGAAGGCCCGGUUCUCACGCAGCUGCCAUGAGGGGCUGCGCUGCCUGCUUUCAGACAGGAGAGUCAUGCUCUUGGGUGGAGUGCAGGCUCUGUUUGAAAGUGUCCUCUACAUUUUUGUGUUCCUGUGGACCCCAGUACUGGACCCACACGGACCUCCUCUAGGAAUAGUUUUCUCUUGCCUAAUGGCUGCCAGCAUGGCUGGCUCCUUGCUGUACCGCCUAGCCACCUCCACUCGUUACCGUCUGCAGCCUGGCCACGUACUCUGCCUGGCUGUGCUGAUGGCUUUCUUCUCUCUCUUCAUGCUCACCUUUUCCACUGCCCCAGGCCAGCCAAGACCUAAUGAAUCCUUUCUGGCCUUCCUGCUGCUUGAGCUGGCCUGUGGCCUGUACUUCCCAGCAGUCAGCUUUCUCCAGGGCAGGGUUAUCCCAGAGGAGAAGCGGGCUGGUGUGCUGUCCUGGUUCCGGCUGCCUCUGCACCUGCUGGCCUGCUUAGGGCUUCUGGCCCUCCACGGAGAGGUAUCAGGAACAGGUGGAGGAGAAGGUGGCAGCGGCACCAGACAUAUGUUUGGAGGUUGUGCCGUCAUGAUGCUGGCAGCUUUGAUGUCUGUCGUUAGUCUGUUCACUUUGGGCAGAAACGACACAGACUUGAGACUGGAGGGAACCAGAGGGGAGGGGGAGAUGUACUGAGGAGAUGGGCCACAUAUCCAUUUGUACUUUACUGGUCUGAAAUGUGUUAUACCAGUUUUUUGUGACUGAAAGUGGAAACUUCAUGUGGUCGACCAGAGUAGUCAGAAGUCUACAUUUUGCCAAAUGCAUCAAUGAAGAAAAUUUGGUUUUUGGUAGAUUAAAAUUCAAUUAAAUUUUUAUUUUAUGUGUUUUUCUUGUUACUUGUUUUUUGGGAGAAACUUUUAUGAAUUCUGUCUGUGUAGGGUUGCUUUGGGAACAUGGCCAUAUCUACCUUCAUUUGUCAAGUAAAUUGCUGGAAAUUUGUCAGCCAUGUCCAAAACCACUGUAUCAUUCCAGAAAUUAUUUCACUUAACAUGUUAUUGCCUCAUCAUUUUUCAGCUACAGGGAGGUGGGAUGAUGUGUUUGACGGGCUGUAAUUAAUUUUAUCUGUCAGUAGCCGCUUGGGGAUCAGUAAUUCUGAGGUUUCAUCAAAUGUUUAAAAAUGCACAUGAAAAGACAUUAAUUUACAGUCACUUGAAUGAAUAUCCAGAGAAUUAAGGUCAUAACUAGCAUGUGGAUGAGCAUCUGAAUGUCAGGUUGUGCAAUAGUUCUUGCACAGUACUUUGAUUUCUGUAUGUUGGUUUGUUUGUUUUUGAAUAUCCGUAUUUUUUAUUAAAAAGAGCAAUCUACUGUAGGUCAGUUUUACUUUGAAUACUCUUUCUGCACCGUCUACAGGAUAUUUUCUUGGUAUUGUCUUAACAUGUCUCUGUUCUUUGCACUUUUAAAUAAAAGUUCAUAUUGU